AGAGUUCAGCCCGUUUCUAUACCAACCAUAGGCCACGCCUCCCCGGCGCAUCUGUAUGACGUGCGGCGUCUGCCUCUGAUUACGCAGGUGGCGCGCGGGUCCCGGAGUGGAACAUGGCGGAGUAUCUGGCGUCCAUCUUCGGCACCGAAAAGGACAAGGUUAACUGCUCAUUUUACUUUAAGAUUGGAGCAUGUCGCCAUGGAGACCGAUGCUCCCGGCUUCACAACAAACCCACCUUCAGUCAGACUAUCGCUCUGCUGAACAUUUACCGGAACCCGCAGAACUCCUCCCAGUCGGCAGAUGGACUUCGCUGUGCUGUGAGUGAUGUGGAGAUGCAGGAACAUUAUGACGAGUUCUUUGAGGAGGUAUUUACAGAGAUGGAGGAGAAGUACGGGGAAGUGGAGGAAAUGAACGUCUGUGAUAACUUGGGAGACCAUCUAGUGGGAAACGUCUAUGUCAAGUUCCGUCGAGAGGAAGACGCUGAGAAAGCUGUGAAGGAUCUGAAUAACCGAUGGUUUAAUGGGCAGCCAAUCCACGCAGAGCUGUCUCCCGUCACUGACUUUAGGGAGGCCUGCUGCCGUCAGUAUGAGAUGGGGGAGUGCACGCGUGGGGGAUUCUGCAACUUCAUGCACCUGAAACCAAUCUCUCGAGAGCUACGCAGGGAGUUGUACGGCCGCCGAAGAAAGAAGCACCGCUCUCGCUCCAGAUCCCGGGAACGUCGCUCUCGAUCCAGAGACCGUGGCAGGGGAGGAGGAGGAGUUGGUGGAGGAGGAGGAGGUAGAGGCAGAGACCGGAGAAGAUCAAGAGACCGAGAGAGGUCGGGACGCUUCUGAGCUGGAGUUUUUAAUUCCGUGUCCUAGGAGGAUCCGGGGGCUCCCGGGGUAUUUUGGGACUCAGCGGUUGGGGGAGGGGGGUUGGGGCUUUUCCUUUGUAUUUCUCAGGAUUCUUUUUGCCUUUUGUCUUUUUUUUUAUUAAGCCAAGCUUCCGAUUAAACAUUUGUAGUGAUCCAGUA